GGGUGGCAUUUAGAGUGGGCUGUCCUAUCGACGUAUGCCUGCCAGUCUGACUCGAGUCUUCCCUCUUUGUCUUCUUCCUCCUCCCCCGCAUAAACAAGUUGACAAAAAGAUACAAACUUGCUGUUGAAAAAAGAGGGAGAAGGAAGCCCAUUGGAUCUCUGUUCAUCCCUCCCAGUCACAUUCCACACAACGCUCAAAAUCAAGAGAGUGCAACCAAAAGCAAGAAUUUGAGUCAGAAUCAUGAAAAGGCUCAACAGCUCGGGAGACCCUUCUGCUCCAUUGGUCUCUCUCCAGUCAACGAAAGAGGAGAAUGGAAGGAAGAAGGCCCAAAUCUACACCAGGGAGUUUCGACCAAUGCUGGACAGUUUGGACCGGGAAGAGUGCGGGGACGAGGUCGGGCCGGUCGGGGACAAGAAGCGGCGGCUCGGCUUGCAUCAGGUGAAGGCGCUGGAGAAGAACUUCGAGGUCGAGAACAAGCUGGAGCCCGACAGGAAGGCCAAGCUAGCCGAAGAGUUGGGGCUGCAGCCGCGGCAGGUCGCGAUUUGGUUCCAGAACCGGCGUGCCCGUUACAAGACCAAGCAACUGGAGAGGGAUUACAGCAUCCUGCGAGCGAAUUACGAUUCCCUCAAGCUCGAUUACGACAAUCUCGAGCAAGAGAAAGAAGCUCUUGAUGCGGAGCUGAGAGAGCUAAAACUAAAGCUCCAUAAACGAAAUGUGGGCGGACAUGAUUCGAGUUCAGUUCCUGCAGAAGAUUCGCCGGUAUCUGAUUCCGCGAACAAUGCAUCGGUCGGUGACAACAACGCUAUCGGGAUUAUACCUGAACCCUUCGGCGAGAUAAAGGAAGAGGACCCGAACUCGAACCUUGGAGAGCCUUUCGUUUCGAGCUCGUCUUUCUACAAUCCUCCAGCACACCAGAUGCUCAGCUGGAUUCAGUUCUCGGGUCUGAGGUCGAUGAAGAUGGAUGAGCAGCAGGAAUUUGAGGGCGCAGAGGAGUCCUGCGAUAUCUUCUCAGUGGACCAAGCUCCUACCCGGCACUGGUACUUCCCAUAGCAGCAACCGAAAAUCCGCCCGUGGUUUCACCUGAUGUUAUCGAUGAAAAAUCAUCUGUAAAAUCUCAUAGUACUGCCCCGUAUGGGAAUAAUUUGCCGAUUCAAAGGUGACAUGCUUCAAUCUCAAUCUCACAUAACAGAAGCAGCAGUCAUCUGUAUCUUAUGUGGGAGCUGCAAGUCCUGCAUAUUGUCCUAGAUAUUAGAUCUCAAUGUUAGUAUAGAUCAACACCGUCUCUUCCGAGCAAUUUUGAUGAAUUGCUGGACAAUUCUCUGAAUGAGAAAGAAUCCUUGCAUUUUGCUUC